AUGCAGCCGAAGCAUCGUGACGGCGACGUGGUGGCUGUGAUACCGGGUCAAUGGAUCACUCACGCCCACACUAUCGCCGCAUACGCCGCCUUCAUAGGCGCAUUCAUCGUUGGCGUCAACCUCCACUACCAUAAGAUUGUCGAAAAUGAGCAUUUCGGCUAUCCGAUUGAAUGGUUCCCUUCCGUUUCCGCAACAAUCGGCGACCGCUACCCGGAACGUUCGGUCUUCCAGGUCUUUAUCGCAAUAUGUUCGGGACCGCGCUUCCUUCUGGUCUUUCUCUUCUACUGCUUGGUCAAUCGUCCAGGUCAAACGCUGCCAAAGAUUGUUGCUGGGGUUGGCGUAUUCAGGACGUUGACGUGUGGAGGUUGGACGUACGUGACUAGUACGGAUGACCACAACUGGCAUGACAUCUUCAUGAUCAGCUAUCUGGUCGCGACAUUGCCCUGGACGCUGGGUUGCUUGGCACUCAGUCCCCCGAAUCCGACGACCAUUCGGUAUAGGAAGUACCUUGCUGGAGCUUUCUUUGGGACGUUGGUUCCGUUGAUCUAUUUCUUCAUCCAACACAAAGUACACCGGAAGCCUGGAGCCUACACCAUUUACGCCUUCUUCGAGUGGACCCUGGUGCUGCUCGACGUUGCGUUUGAUGCAGUAACCGCGCUGGACUUCCAAACGUUCGAUAUAGUCGUCAAGGACGUCAAGGGCCUUGCAAGAGGGGACAAGAAGCGCGUGCAAGAUUCCUUCCUUGAGAAUGAGAAAGACAAGCCUGUUGGCCAAGUCUUCAACACACGAUUCGACUGGCAGGAAAUGCUUGACGCGGUCGCGGAUGUCUACAUUGGCUUCACCUUCUGGUCCAUACUCACAUCGCUUGGUCUCCUGGUUUGGUACUUCCCACUCUGGCACAUGGGCAUCUCCGGAUACGAAGUUGCUGUGAUGUCUACGAUCUCACCAUUUCUGCUCGAAAUCCCGCCGUUGAAGCGGCUGAUUGUCGGGAACUCGACGACGGUGUAUGCAACAAUGGGAGCAGCAGGCUUGCUAUCCUACCUCGUCAAGACUCCAGAGAACAGGUUGGGUUCCGUCAGCUUCGGCUUAUGGCAAGGCUGCUUAGCGUUCGCGUCGACUCUUCAGCGCGAUCGCUCCGAUGCGGCCAGGCUGGAGGCGAGGAUCAAUGCCUGGCUUAUUGGACUGAUUGCAAGCAGUAUCGCCAAGUUCGCGUUCUGGACGAACAACCCAAUCUGGCCGAUCAUGAAUGAGCAGAAUGGUGGCUGGAACAAGACCGGCGUCGCACUCUUUACGCUCGCUAUUGCGCGGUUGUAUAUGCGCAACUCACAGAUAGCGAGUAACGGCGCCGCACAGAGUCUUGGGAAGCCUGCGCAGGGCUCGUCCGCGCUUGCAGGUUUAGGUCUGGCCGGCCUUUUCUUCGCCCUGCACUCUCUGCUUUCAGACUCCAGCACCAUGAUUCUUUGGGUAUGGGAAGGCUUUCCGGUCCGCGGGCCAUUAGCCGUCCCACAUGGCGCCGUGACCAUCGCCACCAUGGGUCUCGGUCUCCUCGUCGGGCUCUUCUACCCCAACCUUAUCCGCACAUGGACUGCUUUCGGAGUCGCCUCGCUUGGUGCCGCCUUUCUCACAGGCUUUUCUAACUGGACCGGCUACUACGGCGCAUUGGUGCUGACGCUGUACCUGACCGCCGCUACGCCCAUGCUGCUCUCAAACGCCACUCGCUUCCCGCCCGGCCGAACCUUCUUUCUCGGCUUCAUGGUGUACAAUGUCAUGGUCCUCUUCCACGUCUGGGUCGUCGCUUACGCCUUCGUCCCUGGCGGCCCCCUCGUACGCGAACAUACCGACUGGGUCAUGGCCACCACCAUGCUACUCAUCGGUUGUGGCGUCUUCUCUGCGAUACAGAACAAUCCCACCUCUUCCAAUUUAAACAGCAGCAACGAAAAGGCCUAUUCUCCGCCUCCGAACCCUGCCGCGAGAAGACAGCGAAGCUACUACAUCUACAUCCUCCUCACCCUCCAACUCCUCAGUAUGAGCGUUGCCUACCUUCGCUUCCCCUCGUACAACUACGAACCCUACCACAAAGACAGCAAAGUCAUAACUGCCGGCAUCUGGACCAUCCAUUUCAGCAUCGACAACGACAUGUGGUCCUCCGAACGCCGUAUGGUAUCACUGAUCCGCGAGACCGAGCUCGACGUCGUCGGCUUGCUCGAAAGCGAUCUCCAACGCAUCAUCAUGGGCAAUAGAGACACGACGCAAUACUUGGCCGAGGAGCUGGGCAUGUGGGUCGACUACGGCCCUGGUCCCAACAAACAUACCUGGGGCGCUGCGCUGCUGAGCAAAUUCCCAAUCGUCAACUCGACGCACCAUCUGCUUCCUUCUCCGGUUGGAGAGCUGGCGCCCGCCAUCCACGCCGUCAUCGAUGCAUACGGCGAAUUAGUGGAUGUGUACGUCUUCCACUCCGGCCAGGAAGAGGAUCCGGAGGAUCGAAGGCUGCAGUCCGAGUACCUCGCCAACCUCAUGGGCUCCAGCAAUCGUCCGGCCAUUUUGCUGAGCUAUCUUGUUGUCAAACCAGGAGAAGGCAACUACAACACCUACGUGAGCGAGAAGAGCGGGAUGAAAGACAUCGACGCCAGUGAUUGGGACCGCUGGUGCGAGUACAUCCUCUACAAGGGCUUAAGGCGUACGGGUUAUGCGCGGUUAUCGAGAGGCACGAUUACAGAUACGGAGUUGCAGGUCGGCAAGUUCGUGGUGGGGCAGGAGGAGGGGACGGGCGUCAAUAUUGGUGAAGAGCUCGUGCCGGACGAUUUGAGGUUUCCGGCACUGUUCAAGGGUGAAGGUGUAAGAGGGCAUCGGUAUCACGUCUUUGAUGAGCCUAGGUACUUCGCUUGA